AUGGUUUCUACAACGCAAACAGCCCGCAAAUCAACUGGUAGGAAAGCACCCAGGAAGCAAUUGGCUUCAAAAGCCGCUCAUAAGAGUGCACCCUCUACUGGAGGGGUAAAGAAACCUCAUCGUUACAGGCCUGUUACUGUGGCGCUUCGUGAAAUUAGAGGUUAUCAGAAGUCCACCAAACUUCUGAUUCGUAAACUCCCCUUCCAGCGUCUAGUGCGAGAAAUAGCUCAGGACUUCAAAACAGACCUGCGCUUCCAGAGUGCAGCUAUUGGUGCUUUGCAGGAGGCGAGUGAGGCCUAUCUGGUUGGCCUUUUUGAAGACACCAAUCUGUGUGCUCUCCGUGCCAAACGUGUAACAAUUAUGCCAAAAAGACAUCCAGCUAGCAUGUCGUAUACGUGGAGAACAUGCUUAAGAAUCCACCAUAAUGGGAAAUAA